AAAAGAUGAAAGUGAAUGAUACAAUGAGUAAGAGUUUAGUAUGUUUAGCCGUGUUCAUUUUAUUUCUUUUUGCUUCUUUGUUCUAUACUGGAACUAUCGAUUACAGAUCAAGUUUUUCUCUAUUCGAUUCUCCUCUAAGUAAACCUAACCCCUGUUUCACUGAAGAAUCGGAUAUUGAACCUCUCAAGGUUUACAUGUAUGAUCUUGAGAUGAAAUACAACGUCGGAUUUUUGAAAGGAUCAUCGCAUUAUAAUGCUCCUCCUGUUACUAUCGACACUUUGCCUAAAUGGCCCAAGUAUACAGGUUUGAGGAAACAACAUAGUGUGGAGUAUUGGAUGUUGGCCUCAUUGUUGUAUUCAAUUGAUGAUGAAAAUGGCCAUACACGAGAAGCUGUUAGGGUUUUUGACCCUGAAUCUGCUAAUGUGUUUUUUGUCCCUUUUUUCUCUUCCUUGAGUUAUAAUACUUACUAUAGACAUGGGAAUGAUUCAGAGGUCAAAUAUGAUGAUCAAUUGCAGGCUGAAAUUAUGGACUUCUUACAAAAGUCAGAACAUUGGAAGAGGUCUGCUGGUCGGGAUCAUGUGAUCCCAAUGCAUCAUCCAAAUGCUUUCAGGCGUUACCGGGAGAAGGUGAAUGCUGCUAUUUUCAUUGUUGCAGAUUUUGGUCGUCCUCCUCCAACAGUGUCUAAUUUGAGGAAAGAUGUAGUGGCCCCAUAUGCACACGUGGUUGAAACUUUUGAAGCUGAUGACAUUUCAGACCCAUAUGAGUCCCGCACAACGCUUCUUUUCUUCCGUGGGAGGACAGACAGAAAAGAUGAUGGAAAAGACCGUCAGCAAAUGAAAGACAUGUUAAGUGGUCAAAAGGAUGUUGUCUUUGAAGCAGCAGGAAUCUCAGGGAAAGGUGUAAAUGAAUCAACAAAUGGGAUGCGUUUGUCAAAGUUCUGUCUACACCCAGCAGGGGACACCCCAUCAUCUUGCCGCCUGUUUGAUGCUAUAGUCAGCCAUUGUGUUCCUGUAAUUGUGAGUGACAGAAUUGAGCUACCUUUUGAGGAUGAAUUGGACUAUACCGAAUUCUCGAUAUUUUUCUCACGUGAGGAGGCAAAGAAAGAAGGAUACAUGCUUGAUCAGCUGAGGAGUGUUUCAAAAGCUAGAUGGGUUGAAAUGUGGGGCUAUCUUAAGAAGAUUAACCAUCAUUUUGAGUACCAAUACCCUCCGAAAAAGGGUGAUGCUGUAAACAUGAUAUGGAGGGAAGUGAAGCACAAGCUUCCUGCUACCCAACUUGAUGUACAUAGAAACAGAAGGUUGAAAGUGCCAGAUUGGUGGAGAUAGUG